GCUAGGCACUUUCUCGAUGGGAGCAACGGGCUCCAAGCUGGAGAAGGCGCUGGGGGACCAAUUCCCAGAGGGGGAGAGGUACUUUGGGCUGGAAAACUUUGGCAACACUUGCUAUUGCAACAGCGUUCUCCAGGCACUGUACUUUUGUGUCCCAUUCCGGGAUCAGCUGCUAGAGUACUACAGCCGGACGAAAUCCAGCGGAGAGCCGGAAGAGAAUUUGCUCACUUGCCUUGCAGACCUCUUCUCGCAGGUAAGAAAUCUCUGGGGCAUUUUCGUGAUCAUUCCAUUCUUUUUUCUUCUUUUGCAGAUAAACUCCCAGAAGAAGAAAACGGGUGUUAUAGCUCCAAAGCGAUUCGUGCAGCGAGUGAAGAAACAAAACGAGCUCUUCCGGAGCUACAUGCACCAGGACGCACACGAGUUUCUAAACUUUUUGCUGAAUGAAUUAGUUGAGACUUUGGAGAAGGAGGCCAAGUCGGGACGGACAGCCUCGGGAAAUCUGAAACCUGCCGAGAAAAAAGAAAACGGUGUGGCCAAUGGAACAGCAGCAGACCAAGAUCAUCCGCUUACUUGGGUUCACAAAAUCUUCCAGGGAUUCCUCACAAACGAGACGAGGUGCUUACGGUGCGAGACGAUCACAGCGCGGGACGAGAAGUUUCUCGACUUGAGCUUAGACAUCGAGCAAAACAGCUCCAUCACCAGCUGCCUUCGCAACUUCAGCUCCACCGAGACGCUAAACGCCGAGGACAAGUUCUUCUGCGACAAAUGCUGCAGCUUGCAGGAGGCUCAAAAGAGGAUGAAGAUCAAAACACCGCCUCGGAUCCUCGCCCUGCACCUCAAACGCUUCAAGUACAUAGAGCAACUGGGCCGAUACAAGAAACUCUCGUACAGAGUGGUCUUUCCGCUGGAGCUCAAGCUUUGCAACACCACCGACGAUGCUCCAGGCUCCGAGUCCGAGUACUCGCUGUUUGCGGUGGUGGUUCACGUCGGCAGCGGUCCGAAUCACGGCCACUAUGUCAGCCUCGUCAAGAGCCACAGCCACUGGCUGUUUUUCGACGACGAGAACGUAGAGAUCAUCGACGAGACGUACGUGCAAACUUUCUUUGGAUCCACGCAGGAGUACUCCAACAACACGGAUCAUGGUUACAUCCUCUUCUACGAGUGCCUGGACGCCAAAACUACAUGAGAUCUUCUAGAACGAGUUAUAAGUGGCCGUGAUUGGAUAGGGCUUAACGAACGGCUGCGAUGAUAUACAUACAUUGUUUUUUUUUCCAAGAGAGACUUGCAGCUACACUUGGUGCUGGACUAGUUUCGCAACAAAUACCCUUAUUCAUAUGAAAUGUAAGGUGGCAAGAGUUUUUAGA